UUUCCUAAAGUAAUGUCGGGAGGAAGAAUGACGUGUGGUUGAUAACAGACCGGGUCCAAACUACAAAGGUUGUCCCGCGCGACACCUGCUUGGCGACUGACAAUCACGGGACAGUCAGUCUGUUCCGCGGAGCUUCAACUAAACUUUCCGUUCAAACUGAAAGUUGGAUUUUUUCUCUCCAGGAUUUCGUUGGGUAAAAACUGGGUGUGAAUAGCUCUGUAAUGUGAUGAAGCAGAGAGGAAGAGGAAGAUAAAGAAGGAUGAAGGUGAAUUCUCACCACCUAACCUCCCUGUCUAAGGGCCCUGCUAGCAGCUUCGACAGAGAGGGGAGACUGAGGGUGGGGCGGGAGACACAGGGUAUGUGUGAGAGAUGGUGUCGUUUGAGAGGAAACCUCCUCUUCAUCAUGAAGAAACCUCAACAGAGAUCUGCUUUAGAGGAGGUGCUGGUUCUGGAGAGAUGUCACAUUCUGGAGAGCACAGAAAACAACAAUGGACUACUCAUUAGGUUUGACAGUGGAGAGCCAGGUGUGUAUGUAGAGUGUGUGAAUUCAGGUGAGGUUAACUCCUGGCUGGUGGCUCUGAGAGAAGCUAACUCUGAGGGGUUAACCAACCGGAUCAGACACCUCCGGACACAACUCAUGGGUACUGCAGGGAAUGCAGAGACCACUGUAGUUGAUGCUGUGUCCCCUGCUAAACUGUCACCAUUGGAGUUCAGUAUUGACUGCAGGGGUCUGUCUAUAGGACACAGGGAGAAGAGACCCCACGCGGUGGUGCAGGUGUCAGUCAUCAACACACAGACACACACCAUCGCUGACUACUGCUGCACAGAGAUAGUAGAGAGCAACAGUGACCCAGUGUUUCUGACCGGUGUGUGUGUCUCUCCUGACCACCCUUUCACCCUGGACACUACACUCAAACUGACCGCCUAUCACGCCAAGGCCAAAACACACGACACGAUCCAGUCCAAAGCCGGAGGUAUAUUUUCUGUUUUAGGCUCGUCCUGUUCCUUUAAGACCAGCUGUAGUAAGAGUGACAGAUAUCUAGAGUUUAUACCUGUCAAUCUACACACACAGAGGAUGCAGGUUACCUGCUCACGGAGAACAGUAUGGUAUGAUGUUGUGACAGUAGGAGCCCCAGCUGAUCACUACCAGGGGUUUAAACACGGUGGGCUACAGAGGCUGCUCAACAAACCAGACAGCGACAACAGGAGCGUUAGUUCAGCACAUUGUUGUAUCUCCUACUCACCAGAGGAGAGCUCCAGAGCCAGGGAGGUACUGAGUAGUGUCUCCCAGCUCCAGCCUCUCAUCUCUGGGCUAACUGAGGAGCUACUGCAGGCUGCUCUGGAAGUCAACUCCCAAAGACUACCGGACAUACUGCACAGCCUGGCACACAGGACGGAACAGUUUGUUCACGCUGUGAAAGAUGAGCUGGUAAAGAACGCCCUAUUGGCUCUCCACGCGGCAAGGCCCGCCUACCACCUCAGCAACGGACACGCCCACGUAACCCACGGCAAUGGGACGGGUCCCAGGCUCUCCUCGGCCAAUCAGGACGGGUUAUGGCCGUCGAUGCGGCGACAGGAGUAUGAUGAGGAAGAGUGGGACAGGGUGUGGGCUAACGUUGCUAUGAGUCUGAACUGCAUCAUCGCCAUGGUGGACCGGCUACAGGAGAGGGAGAACAGGAAACAGGAAGUGACCUCACAGACACAGAAUGAUGUCACCACCACCAAGCACAACACUGACCCUUCCCGCUCUCCUUGGCAGGCCUCUCUCGCCCAUCUUCCAGACCCGUCCCGCGCUCCUUGGCAGGCCUCUCUCGCCCCUCUUCCAGACCCGUCCCCCUCUCCGUGGCAAGAACAACUCCUCCCUCUAGUUGUGACUCUGAAGGAGUGUGUGUGUGACGCGGUGGAGGGGGCCCGGUGUGCUAUGACCUUCGUCCUCCUACAGGGGGCAGCAGCAUCAGCCUGCCACGGCCAGGCCCUGACACACAGACGAGAUGCUGUCUUCAGCCAGGCACUGUGUGCGGUGGUGUGUGGGUUCGUAUUGAGGCUGUACUCGGGUCUGGAGGAUAAAGACUUCCUGCUGCAGCUCUGUGAGGUUGGGCUCAUCACACAGUUUGAAGGACUGCUCAGCACCUACAGUGACGAGGUGGGUAUGCUAGAGGACAUGGAGAUGGGAGUAUCAGACCUGAAUAGAGUCUCCUUCAAAAUAACUGAAGCCAAAUCGGAUCAACCCACAGAUCUACUGCCCUCUGUCACUGGACUACGGGGUUGUUUUUGUGUGGAAGUCCCGUUGCCGUCGGAGACGUACCUGUUGUUACCAGCUGAACUGAGAGAUGGGCGGGACUUAAGAGUUCACCCGUUACUGUUUAACAUCGGCAUCAACCAGCAACAGAGUCUAGCCGAGAGGUUCGGAGACAGUUCUCUCCAAGAAAGGAUCAACCUCAGAAGCUGUGAGAUGUUGAAGUCCUACUACAAGACCCUGAGAGACAAACUACCCAACCUGACCCUGCCCUGUUCCCGGUCCCCGUUAGCUGUAGAGGACUUGUUGUGUUCUCUGGAGCAGUCUCUGGAGAUGAAGAAGAGGAAGAACGUUGAGGUCCUGUGGCUCGCUGCCUCCGUGUGUAGGAGGUUGAAUGGUGUCAGGUUGACCAGCUGUAAGAGUGCCAAAGACAGGACCUCCAUGUCUGUGACUUUAGAACAGUGUAUGUUGCUAAGAGACGAACACACACUCAGCAAGGAGCACUUCAACAGAGCACUGGACUGCAUGAGGAGCUCUCGUCUCCAGCAGGGCCAGAUAGUGGGUUGUUGGGACCCAGAGAGAGGAGCUGGGUCGUGGUCUGGGUUUAGGGGGGAACAGAAGACUCCAGCAGCACCUGGCAGACACUUCUACCCAGUAGCUCUUCUCCUGAUCACCUCACAUCUGCUAGUGGUCUGGCUCAUACUGAGUAUGGUAGUUGUAACUGGGAAAUAGCAAUAAAAUACUGACUAUGGUAGUUGUAACUGGGAAAUAGCAAUACAAUACUGACUAUGGUAGUUGUAACUGGGAAAUAGCAAUACAAUACUGACUAUGGUAGUUGUAACUGGGAAAUAGCAAUACAAUACUGACUAUGGUAGUUGUAACUGGGAAAUAGCAAUAAAAUACUGACUAUGGUAGUUGUAACUGGGAAAUAGCAAUAAAAUACUAACUAUGGUAGUUCUUUAAAAAAAAAAGUCAGUUAAUUAAGAACAAAUUGUUAUUUCCAAUGACGGCCUACCGGGGAACAGUGGGUUAACUGCCUUGUUCAGGGGAACAGUGGGUUAACUGCCUUGUUCAGGGGCAGAACGACUUGUCAGCUCGAUCCAGGAACCUUCCGGUUACUGGCCCAACACUCUAACCACGAGGCUACCAGCC